AUGCCCUUUCCUCUAGUGGCAGCCAUCAGGAUCCGUGUCCACUGUGGUGGUCGCAAGCACCCAGUUCCUAAGGGUGCAACCUACGGCAAGCCUGUCCACCACGGUGUUAACCAGCUGAAGUUUGCCCGAAGCCUUCAGUCUGUUGCUGAGGAGAGAGCUGGGCGCCAUUGUGGAGCUUUGAGAGUCCUGAAUUUCUACUGGGUUGGUGAAGAUUCCACAUAUAAAUUUUUUGAGGUUAUCCUCAUUGAUCCAUUCCAUAAAGCUAUCAGAAGAAAUCCUGACACCCAAUGGAUCACCAAACCAGUCCACAAGCACAGGGAGAUGUGUGGGCUGACAUCUGCUGGCCGCAAGAGCCGCGGCCUUGGAAAGGGCCACAAGUUCCACCACACCAUUGGUGGAUCUCGCUGUGCAGCCUGGAGAAGGCGCAACACUCUUCAGCUCCACCGUUACUGCUAAUACACGUAAUAUUUG